AUGGCUGAUCUCACUUUGGUACGCAACCACAUCCAAGCUGUGAUUAACUCCGAAGUAGAAUAUUUACGACAACUCAAUCUAGGGAUCCACAGCCAUCCGGAGACCGCUCACGAGGAAGUUUAUGCCCACGAAACCUUGACUGGCUUUCUCGAGUCCCGAGGAUUCAAUGUAACGAGGCAAGCGUAUGGUCUGUCGACUGCAUUCGAGGCCGAAAUAGGCACUUCUGGCCCUAUCGUCAUCUUUUGCGCAGAAUACGACGCGCUUCCAAAACUCGGACACGCUUGCGGCCACAACCUGAUCGCCACAUCCUCGACGGCAGCGUUCCUGGGCCUCGCCCAGUCAGUCAAGGAAUGGGAUAUACCCGGUCGGGUACGCAUCCUAGACAACCCGGCCGAAGAGGCACACGGUGGAAAAAUCAAGCUCAUAGCCGCCGGGGCAUUUAGCGAUCCAGCUAUCGCUGCAGCAAUAAUGGUGCAUCCUACCUCGCAGCGCGGUAUCAAAGAAAGAUACCACGGCACCGCUGGAUGGCAAUCAAUUGCGAGCAGUCUUCUCCGGGUCGAGUUCCACGGCAAGGGUGCGCACGCAGGAGGGGAUCCGUGGAAUGGAGUGAAUGCCUUGGAUGCAGCAGUGUCGGCAUACAGCAGUCUAUCCAUGCUACGACGGCACAUCCAACCUGACGAACGUAUCCAUGGUAUUAUUGAGGAUGGCGGGAAAGUACCUAACAUUAUCCCGGACUAUACGCGCAUGCAAUGGAGUAUCCGGAGUCGAACGGCUGCUCGCACAGAGUGCCUCCUGGCGCGAGCUAAGGCUUGCCUCGAAGCAGCUGGGGAAGCAACUGGAUGCAGUGUCAGCUACGUUAUUGAGCCGAUGUACCAGGAUAUUAUCGUCGAUGACGCACUCUGUCAGAUAUACACAGAGGAGAUGGCAGAGCUCGGACGAAACGUGCAGCUGAAGUCGGACGCUGCUGCGACUGUCUCGACUGACAUGGGAAAUGUCUCCUACGUCGUCCCCAGUUUCCACGGUGUCUUUGGCAUCUCCACACCUGACGGGGCCCCGCCUCAUCAUGCCGCAUUCGCCAAAGCAGCAGGGUCGGAAGAGGCGCACAGCGAGGCAAUAAUAUGCGGACAAGCAAUGGCUAUGCUUGGAUGGAGGAUAUUGAGCAGGCCGUAA